AUGCUGAAGGAGUGGAUCGUGGGCUCUGUCGGCGCAUUAGAAACGGAUCUGGAGGGAGAUGGUGUGAUUUUUGAAGCGUCUGUGGAUAGCCCGGAGGCCAAGCCAGCAUCCUCCAAUGAAACGCAUCGAGUUGAUGUCGAUCCGAAGAUGGACCCAUUGGGACAGAGCGUCGAGGUCGCGGUAGGUGGAUGGAGGUGCGAGGAGUGA